UGAACCGCCAGAGGGAAAGGUACAUCGCUGCGCUGUCCUGCCUGGAUCACUCAGUUCCGACGCCCCUUCAGUAUUUUUAGCGUAUGUUUGAGUGCCUCCUUCCGGCGACAUGGUGACGGCGGCAGUGUUCAUGGCGAUAGCAACUCUGGCUGCCUGCGACAUGGACAAGAAUCAGCCCAGUGGGACGCCGCGCCUUCCCGUCCUUGCCUUACCCCCGCACACUUUCUUCUCCCGGACGCCACCCACUCCCACCGUACUUAGUAAAAACUGGACUCCCUCUUCACAACUUUCAGCUUCCUCCACUGCCUCUUCCCUCGCUCCAUUAUUGUCCACCAAGUCUGCACAUCUCCCGGCUGGUAAUAUUUUUUCACACCCCACCGCCACCUCCUCCUCCUCCUCCUCCUCCUUUUCUCUAUACACCUCGUCUUCCUCUCCUCUAAGUACCUCCUCAGCCUUCUCAGAGGAGGUAAAAACUACAGUCAUUUCCGUCUCUGAGUCUCAAGAGGAGGACAACACCACCUUGCCACUGGAGCCUCCACGCCCCUACCUGGCGCACACCUCAGCUUCCAUCAGGGUUCAUCUAGGCGCCACUGCGAAGCUCGACUGCGUUGUGCAUGAUUCCGCUAACGAGGCGGUAUCGUGGCUGCGGCGUGACAAUGAUCACCUGGAGUUGCUCACCUGGGCAGACAACACCUAUACUAAUGAUGACAGGUUCUCCGUGGUGCAGGAGGAGGGGGACGGCUGGCGGCUGUGGAGACUUGAAAUCCACAGGGCACAGGAGCAGGACCAGGGUGAUUACAGGUGCCAAGUCGCGACCCAUCCCCCACUACUUCUUGACGCCUCACUCACGGUGGACGUUCCAAUAGCACGCGUGGUGGACGAGAGAGGUGACCAGGUGGAGGAGAAACACUACAACAGCGGCAGCAUGAUUGAGCUGAAGUGUAUCGUGGAACAGGUGCCCUUCCCUCACGGCCCUGUCACCUGGAGGAGGGGAGCCACCAUCCUCACCUUCAACACCUCCAGGGGCGGCAUCAGCGUGAGGGGAGAACGAGACUGGGGGUUCGUGAGGAGUCGCCUGUAUGUGGCUCGCGCUCGGCCCUCAGACUCCGGCCGCUACUCUUGCUGCUACACAAACACCACCUGCGACUCAGUGACCGUCCACGUGAUAGCAGGAGAGUACCCAGCGGCAAUGCAACACGAUACGACCCCAGAAGCUACCCCGAGCAGUAUAUCCCCCAGCCCGCACCCCCGCUACCUCCACCUACGGGUCGUUAUUGGCUUCCUCACCUGUGUGUUCAGCUGGAGAGCCACGUGACACCUGAGUACCCUUGCCUGAAUGUAUUAAUGUACCUUUUGUUCCCCACGUUUGUUUUGCAUGAAAUAAAUGAGGA